AUGAAUUUUCUGCCCAUGGCAAUACCUGAGGAUAUAGCGAAACGAUUGAUUCGUUUACAUGGCAAUCCAUUUGUUUGGUUUACUGGACAAUUACUCAAGUAUUUCUUAAGACCACAACCAUGGUUAAUUGAAUUCAUCGAAAAAAAAUCUCAAGCUAUCGAUUUUCAAACACCUAUUGUCGGGAUACAUGUUCGACGAACCGAUAAAAUCGGAACAGAAGCAGCAUUUCAUAAUAUAUCCGAAUAUAUGAAAUAUGUCGAAGAGUAUUAUGUUAUAUAUCAAUAUCAAAAUCCCGAUUUAAAACUAACAAAACGUGUUUAUAUAGCUACGGAUGAACCAUCAGUAUUCAGGGAUGCUCGUUCAAAAUAUCGCGAUUAUGUAUUUUAUGGUAAUACCACUGUUGCUGAAUCUGCUAAUUUAAAUUCCAGAUAUGGUACAGAAUCAUUGAAAGGUAUUCUACUCGAUAUUCAUUUUCUCUCUCAAUGCGAUUACCUGGUUUGCACAUUUUCCUCGCAGAUCUGUCGAGUCGCUUAUGAAGCCAUGCAACAACGUGUUGUCGAUGGUGGAUGGCGUGUACAACCGUUGGAUGAUGUCUAUUAUUUUGGUGGUCAAAAUCCUCAUCACCAACGUGCAGUGAUAUCUCAUAAGGCAGUAUGGCCAAAUGAAUUUAGUUUUGAACGUGGUGAUAUUAUUAGUACAGCAGGAAAUCAUUGGGAUGGAUUUUCCAGAGGAUCAGAUAAUACUAAUGGCCAAUCAGGGCUUUAUCCAUCGUAUAAAGUCGAAGAAAUUGUUAAUAUUGCCAAAAUGUAUGCCUACCCGGACAUACAUAUCGAAGACAACGAUUCCUAA